AUGAAGUACUUCAGCCAGUUGGACGAUCUCACCACACAUAUUGAUACCCUUGAAUCAUUACUGCGCGGUCUUUAUCCCAAGCUUGACUUGUCGUCAGCCCAACUAGUGGACCGGACGUUAAUGGGAAUGAGCCCUCGCAGUCCGUUCCCCGAAGCUUAUUUUCGCAAUCCAAACGCGUCGACUGUUCCCCCAAGCCAUACCCAACUUUCAAGGGUUUUCCCUUUGAGGGGUGUAGACUACACUGAGGAAGACUUCAAUCGUGAUAAAAAAGUACAAGCGACAGGAUAUGUGGGCGAAUUUUCGGAAAUAGCGUGGUUGUACCGACUCAAACGCGAUCUUGAUCAACACAGCUCCACAGAAAUCAAACAGGCACCCGGAAGCCCUGCAAUCUCUUCCGCCGACUACUUCCAAGACAACCAGGAGCUUUCGAUACUCGAUUAUGUCGAUCUCUCAUGCUGGCCCUCGCAACACAUCGCUGACGUACUUGUUGACGCUUACUUCCACGCCGUACACCCUACGUUCCCUAUAAUUGGCAAGACCAUCUUCCUGGACCAGUAUCGGACCUUCUAUUCGAAAACAAACUCGCGACCUCACAGAACAUGGCUGGCCUUACUCAACCUGGUGUUUUCUAUUGCGGCCAGGCAUAUGUAUCUUACUGAUCAGUCCCAUAUAGACGGCGAUGACCAUCGGUCAUUUUUCGCACGGGCAUGGAAGCUAGGGAUUGGGAACGUUGCGUUCUUAGAUCACUCAAACCUACAGCAGGUGCAGGUCGAGGGCUUGGCCGCUUUGUAUCUUCUCUCUGUUGGUCAAGUCAAUAGGUCCUGGAAAAUGAUUGGUGCUGCGAUCCGAUCAGCGAUGACCAUGGGUCUAAAUUUUCGAAGCCAGAGCGAGAGCGUGCCGCACUUUUCAAAAGAGCUUCGGUAUCGGUUGUGGUGGGCUCUUUUCAUGCUGGAGACUGUUCUAUUGGAUUUAGCCCACCUCUUACGAGAGGCAAUCGAAAAUCUGUAUGCUUCUAGAGUGGCACAGCAAUCGUGGGACGAGAUCGAACCCGCAAUCACCACGCUGAACAACCGUGCUGACGACUGGCUAUCUCACCUCCCGACUGAUUUCGAUUUCACAACGCCAAAUACAAGCCAUAGAUUCGCACAGCAACGUGCCAAUCUUGGCUUUCAAUUCUACGCCACUCGGCUGAUAAUCACGCAACCUUCUCUCCGCUCUCUCUCUGUGCAGUCAUCCGAAGCAAGAUCUCUCGGAGCAAGGUGCGACAACCUGGCAGCAAUUUGCGUCAAAGCGGCAAGUCAAGUGCUCGUCCUCCUACCUGAGAACACAGAUCAGCUUUGGCUGGACCAUCUCGCUCCAUGGUGGUGCAUCCUCCACAACGUAAUGCAAUCGACCACUGUCCUACUAGUCGAGCUCUUCGCCCGCACUCAUCCGGGCACCCCUAAGGCUGCCAAAAUUAUAGACUUGGUCAAGAAAGCCAUUGGAUGGCUGAAAAAGAUGUCUGUCAAAGAUCCCGCCUCACAAAGGGCAUGGCUAGUCUGCAAGGAUAUCCUUGCACGGCACGGGUCGAAAUUUGGGUUGGACAAAGAUCUGGUCGCACCGGAUCCCGCAUACAGAUGA